GAAUCUUCUGGAAACACCGUCUUCCAUACGGAUUAAACGCUCUAAAAUCGCACCCCCAGUUAAACCCACUGGACUAAAAACAUUCCAUAAAUCAUCAUUUUCGCUUACAGUCACUUAGAAAGCAUUUAUAAUUCAAUUUCCACGGCGCCAUUAACAAAUUACAGCCAUUGUUUCUUGAUUGACCUUAACAUCGAACAGUUCUGCACACAUUCAGAGCAUAAUGGAAGAUAUUCCUUGCUCUAGUAAACCAUGUAAUAAGCGGCAAACGGUGAGUUUUGCCACCGAUGGAAACGUCGCUUCGCAUCUUCAUUCUUCGACGCCUUAGAUGAAGAACAUCUCAAUAGCGUCGCGGUGGUAAAAGACAUUCUGCUUUGACGACACCCGAAGCUUAUUCAGUUUUGGGAUCAGCAUCAGGUUGGUUCAAUCAGAUGAGAAGAAACAAUGGAGCUCUUCGUUGUUGGGCUCACGAUUUCGGGUUGUCUCCUUGCAAGUGGCUUGGCAAUGGAUAAUGCCGAUAUUAUCAGCUUCCAUUUCAUGGAAAAUGUCGGCCAGUUGGGACGCAGUUUGAAGAAUCAGCAGCUCAAUUCCAGCAGAAGGGAGCUGGAAGACGGUUUGGCGGACGAAACGAGCUUCUAUCCAAGUGUUGCAGACAAUUACGUAUAUCCGGCGUCGUCAAUCGACCUGGAAACACCGGAAGUGGUUCCAGACCAGGAGAACUUCGGCAGCUUCCAUAUUGCGUCCGAAGGGGGGCGAAAGAGCAGACCGGAGUUCUGGACCAGAGGGCAACACCGCCCGUCCAAGGCAGCCGCCAUUGGCUGGCCAGAACCCCCCACUAUGUCCGGAUCGCAUUAUUAUGUCCAGAAAAUCGACCCUCCGAAGAGAAGGUUCUCGUCCACCACGCCCCCUCAUGGUCUGGAUGCAGCAAACUCGAACCGUUACGAAGAAGUGGAACUGACCAUCAGUCCUGUCACAGAGCCAAGCACCAACGCGCCAAUGAACGGCCUGAUGAAGAAGUUCCUGGCCAAGCUAUUGGUCGAACAGUAUGGCAGGCGACCGAUCAAAGGCAAGGUGGAGCUCCAAUCAAGCCAGAACCCCAAAACGUCCAAGCAGGAGCAGGAACUCAAAUUUCUCUACGGCGACACGUUGGGGACGCUGAAGAACAAAACCCUGGCGAAGCUGAAGCAAUUCUUCGGCAUCUUCACGGUGGUCAAGUUCAACAACAGCCAAUGCAAUACGACCAACUGGGCUGGAGCCUGGCAAGGCACCUGUCUGACUGCUUCGGAGUGCACCCGAAUGUCUGGUACCGCCCUGGGGGGCUGCGCCCGUGGAUUUGGAGUUUGCUGUGUUU